AUGUGGGCAAACUUUGGUAUUUGGGAGGGUGGGGGCAGGAACGGGGCAGGUAUCUUGGUUGAUAAAGACCUCCGUGAACUAGUGGUGGAGGUUAGGAGGGUGAAUGACAGGCCGAUGACUAUUAAGCUAGUUGUUGGUGGUUUUACUUUUAACAUAAUUAGUGCGUACGCACCCCAAAUAGGCUUGGAUGAGGAAGUCAAGAGGCGUUUUUGGGAGGACUUAGAUGAGAUGGUGCGUGGUAUCCCGCACACCGAGAAGCUUUUCAUAGGAGGAGAUUUCAACGGCCACAUUGGAGCGACGCCCGGGGGUAUGAUAUUGUGCAUGGUGGCUUUGGUUUUGGAGAUAGAAACGAAGGAGGAACGUCUUUGCUGGACUUUGCUAGAGAAUUUGAUUUGGAAGUCCGAUAGAGGUCUUUGCAAGGUCCUCCCAAGUGAGAACCUCUCGACCCUUCAUAGGCUCCUGGUCAUGGACCUUGAGAUCACGAGGAAGAGGAGGAAGAGGAGGAAGAGGGCGAUGUAUAGCCAACAAAGUAUAAAGUGGGGAGCCUUAACGGAAGCUAAAGCGCAGGAGUUGGGGGUCAAGCUGUGCAUUAGGGAAGCCGUGAGAGAGGUAUUAGGGGUCUCAAAGGGUUACUCUAGUGGUCAAAAGGGAGACUGGUGGUGGAAUGGAGAGGUGCAAGGAAAAGUUGAUACCAAGAAAGCGACGUAUCUGAAGCUAGUGGAAAGUGUAGACGAGGAGGAGAAGAGGGCGAAUAGGGAGUAUUAUAAGUUGGCUAAGAAAGAGGCAUAG